AUGGAAGAAGAGAUUUUACAGAAACUUUUCGCCCAGAAGGCAAAUGUAAAGCAUGGAAAGGCAUCAAUGGACCUUACUCACUAUAAAGAUAUCCCUUCAGGUGAAUGCCCUUAUUGCCAUGAGCCGGUCGAUUCAAAUCCUCCAAAUAUUAAAGCAAUCAAUUUAUCAUUCCAUCCACAUUGUUUGAUUUGCAUUUAUUGCCAAACGGAAAUCAAUCCGGCCGAUCUUCAAGAAAAAGACGACAUGAUUUUUCAUAAAAAUUGUUAUAACGAGGCAUUUGAAGAACGUUGCGCAAGGUGUGGAGAAUUCGUACAAUCUGAUGUAGUCGUCCAUGCUAUUUCACGCGCUUACCAUCCAAACUGCUUUGUUUGUGCACAUUGCGGUGAUCCACAAGUCAAAGAUAGAUAUAUGAACCUUUAUGCUUUCCCAUAUUGCAUGAAAUGUUUUCAACAGUUCAAAAACACAUUACCAGAGUGCUAUACGUGCAAACAAUCAAUUUUACCAAACGAUAAACGCGAAACUAUUAUUUACAAAGGCAAAAAGUAUUUCUUCCAUCCAUUAUGCAUUCAAUGCGAACAAUGUGCAGCUACGCCAGCGAACAGACGCUUAAUUAUGUUUAAUAACAAGGUUUAUUGCAUAAAGUGCUUAGGACUUAUUCAAAAGAAGAUAUGUGCUGGCUGCAACAAAACGAUCGAAGGAGAAUGCUGCCAAGUCGAAGGAAUCAAAUACCAUCCAGAAGAAUUCAAAUGUUCAGAUUGCGGAACACCUCUUCAGAACGGUGUUGCCGUCCUCGACCACGGAAAGCUUAGAUGCAGAAAAUGCUCUGAAUUAUAUAUUAAACAAUGCAGAGGAUGCACAAAUACAAAAGAUGAGCCAACAAUCAUUGCUUGUGGCGCUAAAUGGCACAGAGAUUGCUUCAAGUGCAUGAAAUGCAGCAAGAAUCUCGCCGAUUCCAAGUACGUAAACAUGAAUGGUUAUCCUUGCUGCGAAAGCUGUUACAGAAAGAUGCUCGACAAUAAUGAAAUUGAUAGAUGGAGACGUCCAAUAGAAAAUUAA